AUGCAUUCCGCCGUCCCAUUUAGGGCCAUUGCCCUAUUCUCAGGCUUCGUGUCCGCGUAUCGAAAUCCUUGUCAAUAUGGGAUAGAAAAAUACCUCAUAGUCGACUCAAGCAACGGGCCUAUCACCGGACAUAGAGCAGCCAACGUUUCGUGUGUCGUCGAAUAUCUCGGCAUUCCAUACGUGAAACCCCCUGUAGGAAAGUUGAGGUUCGCAGCUCCAGAGCGGUUUGUCUCCACGGAACCUUACGAGGCCGCCGCAUUUGGUGACGACUGCCCUCUCAAAGCAUCAAAAUCAGUUGACUACCCGGACUUCACACCCCAGGCCCAGAGGAUUGUCAACUACUUUGCUUCGGCAGCCGGCACCUCACAGAGCGAGGACUGCCUUACGCUCAAUGUCUGGUCCAAGCCGACAGCUAAUGCGAACAAGGCCAAAAAACCGGUCUUUGUCUUUUUUUACGGUGGACGCUUCACCAUUGGAAACACAGACACGCCUUUCUACAACGGCCGCUACUUUGCCGAAGCCGAAGACAUUGUUGUCGUGACCGUCAACUAUCGCCUCAACAUCUUCGGCUUCCCAGGUUAUCCAAACGGGACUCAAAAUCUCGGCCUUCGCGACCAACGCGCUGCCGUGGAGUGGGUCCGGGACAACAUUGCCGGAUUCGGUGGCAAUGCCUCUCGGAUAACCAUUGACGGUCAGUCGUCUGGUGGUGUCAGCGUGGACUACUGGGCCUAUGCAUAUCGGGAUGACCCUAUUGCCCAGGGUAUCAUCGCACACUCCGGAAAUGUCUUCAGCUUCCCUGUUAACACCCAGGCUGUCCAAGAGGCAAAUUGGAACAAGGUCGUGGCAGCAGUCAAUUGUUCUAGUGCUGUCGACACUAUGGCAUGCAUACGUGAGGUGGAAUGGCCGGCAAUCGAGUCUGCUGCCGCAUCCAUAAAGCCAGCUUCGAGUACCAGUGUUCUUCGUUCCAUCCCGGCUUUCUGGCCCAAGCCAGACAACGAGCUCGUGUUUUCAGACUACGUUAAUUUGACCGUCAAGGGCAGCUUCUCCAAACUGCCCAUCCUCUAUGGAAAUAACGACAAUGAGAAUGGCUACUAUCAAAUUCCGGCUUAUGCCCAAGGCAUCAUUCCCACAACCUCUCAGGUCACCACUUUUCUCCUCGAGUCGUUUACUUGUCCCGUUUCGUACCAGGUGACCGCUCGACGGAAGCAUGGCAUCCCCUCAUAUGCCUACCGCUACUUUGCCAACUGGAAUAACACCCGUCUGUACCCGACCUCAGGCGCCUACCACGGCGUUGAUCUGCACAUGAUCUUUGGCGCUUCCGCCGAUGUCAGCGGUCUGCCUACCUCGGCUGACCAGCGUCAGCUCACCACUGUGAUGCAACAAGCAUGGUUUGCCUUCUGCAGCGAUCCACACCACGGCCUCGCCCGAGUUGGCUGGCCCUUGUUUGAUCCCGGCAGCGAAACCCUCGUUCAGCUGGGUCUGAACAACGUUCCCAAGGCUCUUUUCACAAGCCCCUCUGUCUACGACGCGCCGUGCUCGACCAUUACCAUGGGUGCCUUGGAGCUCAUCCUCUAA